AUGCAAAAGGCAAAGGCAUCUUCCAGGAAAGGAGAUAAAGUUUAAAUGCUUAGAGAUGGAAAGACUCAAGUAUACGAUGUGCUGGUUUAACUCUUUAUUUUUUUGUUAAUGUAAGUAAUUCUCAUCACUGGAACUUAAUGGCGGUUGCUUCUUCUUCCGCUUCUCCUCAGGAAAAGUAUGAUGUUUUUCUUAGUUUCAGAGGUGCGGAUACCCGCUAUAAUUUUACUUCCCAUCUGUAUGCUGCCUUGUGUCAAAAACAGAUCAAUGCAUUCAUGGAUGAUGAAGAGCUUGAAAGAGGGGAGCAAAUUUCUCCAUCUCUUUUGAAUGCAAUUGAGCAAUCAAAGAUAUCGUUGAUCAUUUUCUCGCAAGGGUAUGCUUCUUCGAGAUGGUGCCUUGAAGAACUUGAAAAGAUUCUUGAAUGCAUGGACAAGUAUGGUCAGAUUGUAAUGCCAGUCUUCCAUAAUAUAGAUCCCUCAGAUGCCAGGAGUCAGAAUGGGACUUUUGGGGAUGCAUUUGCUAAGCAUGAAGAGCGGUUUAAGGGUAGGCAGGAAAUGUUACAGAGAUGGAGGGCUGCUCUGAAAAAAGCUGCCGAUCUAUCUGGCUUUGAUUCAAAUGUCAUCAGGUCUGAGUUUGAACUUGUACAAGAAGUUGUCAAAGCUGUUUUGAUGAGAUUGAAUAAUGCCUCUCCUUUAAUCGAUGAAAACCUAGUUGGAGUGGAUUCAAGAAUCAAGGAUAUUGAAGGGCUAUUACGCAUUGGGUUUGCUGGUGUUCGCAAGAUAGGAAUUUGGGGUGCUGGUGGAAUAGGGAAGACUACUCUUGCCAGGGCCAUAUUCAAUAAAAUCUCUGAAAAUAGACAUUUUGAAAGCUCUUACUUCUUUGAAAAUAUUAGAGAAGAAUCAGAGAAAAACAAGGGACUAACUGGCUUGCAACAGCAAAUUAUUUGUAAAAUUUUAGGGGAUAAAAAUGCUAAUAUAGGAUCCCCCUCCACCAUAAGAAGGCUUGGCCGUGUGAAAGUUUUCAUUGUGUUAGAUGAUGUGACAAAUUUAAAACAAAUAGAAUCUUUAAUUGGAGAUUUUAAGUACUUGGGUUUAGGAAGUCGAAUUAUCAUAACAACAAGGGAUAAACAAGUAUUAGAAAAUUGUCACAUGGAUGGCAUAUAUGAGACUAAAAUAUUAUCUGAUGAUGCAGCUCUCCAAUUGUUUAGUCGACAUGCCUUUAGACAAGAGCGUCCACCAAAAGAUUUUAGGAAGCUAGCUGGAAGGGUGUUAUCAUAUGCUAAUGGUGUUCCACUUGCUCUUAAAGUUUUAGGUUCUUUUCUAUUCAAAAGAACAAAGAAAAAAUGGGAAAGUCAACUAGUAAACUUGAACAUCAAUGAUCAUAGGGACAUCCAGGAGGUGUUAAAAGUGUCUCAUAACUACAUCGGACAACAUCAUCACAAUGCAUGAUUUGUUUCAAGAAAUGGGUAGAGAAAUUGUUCGGCGAGAAUCAAUUUAUGAUCCUGGCCAACGUAGUCGGUUGUGGGAUCAUGAGGAUAUCUUGAAAGUAUUGACCAAAAAUAAGGGGACUGAAGUAAUUCGAAGCAUGCGCUUGAAUAUGUCUAAAGUAUCGGAGUCACAUUUAAAGCUUGAAGAUUUCAAGAACAUGCAAAAUCUAAAAUUCUUGGAAGUUGAUGGCUGCGAGUAUGAUAAGAAGGUG